AUGCGAGAUGUGUUUUCAACUUACCCGAGAGCCGUCGAAGCGGCAGCAGAGAGGAAUGCUUCGCGAAGCCGCGAGUGUACCAACUGGGCGACCUCACGUGCUUCUCCCUCGAGGCGUAUCUCGAGCUGCCGUCGAGAGAGAGAGAGAGAGGAAGCACUCCUCACAUUUCCCUCCUCACACGUUUCCCUCCUCACAUUUCGCUCCUCACAUUCCCCUCCUCACAUUUCCUCCACACAUUUCCCUCCUCACAUCCCCGUCCUCACAUUUCCCUCCUCGCAUCCCCCUCCUCCCAUUCCCCUCCUCACGCCCACAUUUGUCACACUCACCUCCUCGCAUGCACAUGCCUAUCCAGCACACCCCGCGUGGCCAACAUCCCUCUGUGGGACACACGAAACCUCAUCCCUUUCCUCCUUCCCGUCUCUCUCCCUCCCCAUUCUCCACCUCUCCGCCCCCACCACGCCCCCUCCACCAGCCACCACACUGACGGGAUUCCACCUCACGUUCACCGGCCUGUUCGGGGCGCUGUGCGUGUGGCUGGGGUACCUGUCGGGGACAGCCAACAUCCCUCUGUGGGACAUCGUGUGGUUCGGCAUGCUCGCCAACCUCUCCAUCGUCGGCAUGAACCUGUCGCUUAUGUCUAAUUCGGUCGGGUUUUACCAGAUAUCGAAGCUCGCCAUCAUCCCAGUGACCUGUCUGUGUGAGACGCUGCUGCACGCCAAGGCCUACUCAAGGGAGGUCAAGCUGUCAGUGGUCGCGGUCAUGCUGGGAGUGGGCGUGUGCACCGUCACUGACAUCUCCGUCAACGCGUUUGGGCUCGUUACUGCGACUGUGGCGGUGGUUUCUACGUCGCUCCAGCAGAUUUUCGUGGGCGAGCUGCAGAGGAAGCACAACGUGGGGUCGUUUGAUCUGCUGCGCCAGACAGCGCCCAUCCAGGCCGUCACCCUCGUGAUUGUCGGGCCCUUCCUCGACUACCUCCUCACCUCGCAGAACCUUCUUGAGUUCCCCGUCACCAGCAACGCUGCGCUUUUCAUCUUCCUCUCGUGCGCUUUUGCCAUUGGGUGCAACCUCUCCGUGUACCUCUGCAUCGGAAAGUUCUCGGCAACGUCCUUCCAGGUGCUGGGGCACAUGAAGACGGUGGUGGUGCUCAUUCUCGGCUGGACUGUUUUCAAGGACCCCUUCACUCUCAAGAAUUUCAGUGGCAUGCUCAUGGCUAUUGUCGGUAUGCUGUUGUAUAGCUGGGCUGUGGAGAAGGAGAAGGGGGAGAAGGGCGGGAAGGAGGGCAAGGGAGGGAAGGAGGGGUUGCCGCUGCUGCCGGUGCAGAAAGGGGAGGAGGGAGGGGGAGGCGGGAUGGGGGAGGAGGGGAAGGGGGAUGUGGAGUAUGGGGGGGUGAUGGGGGAGAAUGGGAGGAGGCCCAGCUCCCCGACAAAAGGGGGGAGAGGGUUGUUGUAA